CCAAUGUUUGGGAUGGAUUGUAUACACCUGUGUCCAUGGAGGGGAUUGGAACACUGGAAUCACAUGAUAUGGAGGGGAUUGGAGCACCUGAAUCACAUGAUUGGGAGGGGAUUGGAACACCUGAAUCACAUGAUUGGGAGGGGAUUGGAACACCUGAAUCACAUGAUAUGGAGGGGAUUGGAACACCUGAAUCACAUGAUAUGGAGGGGAUUGGAACACCUGAAUCACAUGAUAUGGUGGGGACUGGAACACCUGAAUCACAUGAUUGGGAGGGGAUGGGAACACCUGAAUCACAUGAUAUGGAGGGGAUGGGAACACCUGAAUCACAUGAUAUGGAGGGAUUGGAACACCUGAAUCACAUGAUUGGGAGGGGACUGGAACACCUGAAUCACAUGAUAUGGAGGGGAUUGGAACACCUGAAUCACAUGAUAUGGUGGGGACUGGAACACCUGAAUCACAUGAUAUGGAGGGGAUUGGAACACCUGAAUCACAUGAUUGGGAGGGGAUUGGAACACCUGAAUCACAUGAUUGGGAGGGGA